AUGAUAAGGGCGAUGCAUCAUCUAGCUCAACAUAUUGCAAAGCCAAUGCGGCAAUAUCCAAGAAUGGCAAAUAGCAUCUCACAUGAUAUGAAUCCUAGAGUCCAAGGAAGUGAGUUUUGUAAAACUCAGUACUUUGAUCCCCCUGUGCCCAUUCCAGAUGGCUGGAUGGUAUAUGAUUCAACAACUAUGAUACCUCUAUUCAGUAUCAUAGAGGAUGCUCUGUUAUAUCAUCAAUCUCAUACACUUCAACCUCUUGUUCCUUCAAAUGUGAUGGAAAGUAGAGUCUCCUAUCAAGAUACUCACUCUGAAAAAACACAUACAGGUCCAACAAAUUUGAGAAAUCUCAAAGGAUAUAGUGAAUUCCACCCAAAUUCUUUGAACAAUAGAAAUCCAGUUGACACACAAUCAAAAUUGGUCAACAAUUCAGCCAAUACCCAUGAUGGUAGCUCAGGGGUUGAUAAAACCCCAUACAAGUCACAUCUUUUGAGGUUGUCAAGUGUACAAAAAAGGUUUGGAAGUCCACAUUCACAAGAGGCUGAGAAGAUUGGUCACAUUGGUGAAGAUAAAACCAAGAAGGUAGAAACCUCAGAGCAACAAAGUGAUGGCAACUUUGAAUCUCAAAACACAUUUUUAAGAAUCACCAAUUCAAAUGUGGGAGAAGAUGUUUCCAAAGGCCUUAAAUCUUUGGAGAAAUCUUCAAUGCCAGACUCUAAAGGGACACCAGCUGGAAAUUAUAAUCUAGAAGACUUGACUAUCAAAAGAUAUGAUAAACCAUCAACAGAGAAGAAAUCUCUAAUAUUGGAAGAUUAUCAAGAAGGUUAUCAACAAGAAUUGAUACCUAGAAAUAAUUUUGAUGUGAGAACAACUGGUAUAACUCCCAAUAGACCUGUAAUCUCUGAUUUCAAUCCUCAUGGACCACACUCAAACCUGGAGAACAACUUAUCCCAUGAGGCUUAUGAUUUCUGUGAAGAUGCAGCAAGUAAAAUUGAUACCUCUUUUUAUGAUGCAAUAUCAAACAAGGAAAUCAAGGAUUUGAAUGAUGAAAAAAACACAUGUGUUCUUGAUGAUAACAAGACUGAGAUGUCUGCGGAGAACAAGGAACACCUUCUAGGAGCACUAUCUCAUGAUAUCAUUGGGUUUCAGAAGGCCUCAAAAUCAAAUAAUCUAGCUGAGAAUAGCAAAAGAGAGAUCCCUGGUGAUGGAGACAUUGAGAGAAACAAUAUUUCUAGAACUGCUAUUAGUUUGGAAUCAAAAGCCGCUACCAAGGAAUGGAGCAUAGUCCAGAGCAGGAAUAGUAAGACAAGAAAUUGUUUUGUCUCAAAGGAUCAUAAACACCUUGAGGAGCCAACAUUGCCACAACAAUUUGCACCAAGCUCAGGAGAUAUUCCAGUCAAAAGUGAUGACAAAGGUAUCCAAAAAAUACUGGAAAACCAUAGUGGGGGAAAUACAUCAUCCUCUAUUAAUACACUUCCUACACCUCUGGAGAUGAAAUUUGUAGAAAAUGAAGCUCCUGUAAAUGCACAAACAAAAGAAACUUUGUAUAGGAAAGAUUUGGAUGUGGAAAAGGAAACUCAAGCAUUCCAGCACAAAAAGAAAAAACACAAAAAUACCAAGGCCUUGAUAAAGUCAAAACUGAGCACAGAUGGUAGAGAGGAAGAUAUUCAUACAUGUGAUGAGCAUCUUAAAAGCCUUCCAUCCAUUGAUAUGAGCAGUGGAACAACAAACAUCCAAGAUAUCAAGUCAUUAGUUUCAAAGAUAUUAUGUGCUGAUGAUAAGGCUGACUUCCUAAAAAUAAAAAUUGGACCUGAAGAUUGCAAUCAGAUAUCAUUAUUAUUAGGUUCAGGAAAUCAAGGCCAUUUAUUGAAUGAGAUUUAUGAACACACAAGAAUGAUGAAAAGAUUGAUGAACCCUUAUGAAGCUUGGAGAAGAUCACAAACUUUACACAGAUAUGUUGACCAGGAAAACACAAUUCUGAAAUGGAACCUUAAAAAAGGACAACUUGAUCACAAAACCCAUGCAGUAGCAAUGCUUCUCAGGGUUGGCCAAAGAUCACCUGUCUUUUAUGAUACAGCUCCUGGUAAAUGGAAACUCAUUAAAUCAAGAUGGGACAGCUUGAAUGAAGUGCAGGCAGACUCACUGAAUUCUCUGAUUGAUAUCAAGGAGCAAGAAGCAAGGCUAGCCACAAUCUCUGUUAUGGAGAAUGCAGAUCAGCAUUGGAUGAAAUCACUUUAUGGAGAGUCUGAAUUGCAACAGUUGAAGAUGCAAGGUGUUUCUAUCCCAUUAUUGUUCAAAGCAAUAUAUGUUAUGGAUCUAGACAAAUACUAUGAUACUCAUCAAAAGAAUUGGAUUGCUACACCUUUACGUCACUUUAUUCUGGAAGAUCAGAGGUUGUCCCUUCAUUUCCAAGCACGUUUGAAAUUCUUAGUCAAUAAUACUCAUGAUGAAGAUUUAGAUGGCACAUUGACCUUGGCAGAAGGAUUAACAGCUCUCCAUUUUGGAAUCUUGCUUGACAGACUUACAGGAAUCAAAUUUUUGUCAAGUUUAGCAAAAGAAGAUGUACAAAUUUCUAAUCAGGAUAUCACCAUUGGUCAGGAAAGUAAAACCUUCUAUUGGUCAACCCCAUUGAUGGGAAAUUGGGACGAAUGGAAGGUAGAACUUCAGCCAUAUUUGCAAUUCCUUGGGUUCUGUAAAACAAGUGGUUUUCCUCAUGCAGGAGGAAUUGUUUUCAGACUAAAAAUUGAAGGGACUUCUGGAAGAUGA